UAGCUCUAUUAUAUAAUCCUCUCUUCCACUGUAUAAAUCUUUUUCUCUGUAAAAUAAUUUAAUAAUAUUGUUCGAAAAAAUUGAAGAUCUUGGAUAACUGCUCAAGAUCUUUGUUCAACUGCCGACAAAAAGUAAUAGUAUAGUUUUAUCUUUGGGGAUAGACUGACAACAAAGUUAAGAUCGUGUUCUUGUCUUUUUAGCCCAAAUUGCUCAUCAAAUGCAAGAUCGUCUAAAAUCAGUAGCAACCAUGGAGAAACCAAAGUUCAAGACUGUCCAAGAAGUGGUUGCAGCCGGCGAAAGACUAUCGGAGAGAUAUCUCCUCGCACCCACGGAUGAACCUCUUAACUGUCCCUUGCCGGAGAUGGAUAUUCCGGCCAUCGAUCUCAGUCUUCUCUUCUCUUCUUGUGAAGACGGUCAAGAGGAGUUAAGUAGACUUCACUCGGCGCUCUCUACAUGGGGCGUUGUUCAGGUGGUGAAUCAUGGAAUCACUGAAGCGUUUCUUGAAAGGAUGUACAAUUUAACCAAGCAGUUCUUUGCGCUUCCGGCAGAAGAGAAACACAAGUACGCGAGAGAGGCAGGUAACAUCCAAGGAUAUGGAAACGAUGUGAUUCCGUGUAAUGAUCAAGUUCUUGAUUGGCUCGACCGUUUGGUUCUCACUACUUACCCUGAAGAUAAGCGUCAGCUUAAGUUCUGGCCUCAAGUCCCAACCGGGUUUAGUGAAACUUUACAUGAGUACACAAUGAAGCAACGGGUAUUGAUCGAGAAGUUCUUUAAGGCUAUGGCUAGAUCAUUGGAACUGGAAGAGAACUGCUUUCUAAAGAUGUAUGGAGAAAAUGCUAUCAUGAAUGCAAGAUUCAAUUUCUUUCCUCCAUGUCCGAGGCCAGACAAGGUUAUUGGGAUUAAAGCUCAUGGUGAUGGCUCGGCUAUCACUCUUCUCUUACCCGACAGAGAUGUCGAAGGGCUUCAGUUUUUCAAAGAUGGCAAGUGGUACAAAGCUCCAAUGGUCCCCCCUAAUUCAAUUCUGAUCAAUUUAGGAGAUCAGAUGGAGAUAAUGAGCAAUGGGAUAUUCAAGAGCCCGUUUCAUAGAGUGGUGACAAACGGAGGAAAGGAAAGGAUAUCUGUGGUAACAUUUUGUGUACCGGAUCUAGGCAGUGAGAUUCAGCCAGCCGAUGGGCUUGUGACUGAGGCAAGACCAAGAUUGUAUAAAACAGUUACCAAUUUUGGGGAGCUCUACCACAAGUACUAUCAUCAGGGUCGAAGAACUAUUGAAGCUGCAUUGAUCUAAUAAACUACUCUCCUUUUAGAACGUUCGAAGCUCGGCGGUUGUUCAAACCCGUGACCAGUCCGUGAUCAGUUCGUGUCACAAAUGGAUUUGUUUUUCUUUGUUUCAACUUGGAAUCUGAGGCAAUAAAGAGAGUCUAAACUCUACAUCAAAUUUCCUUAUAGUAAAUCACUAUUUGAAGAACAUUAAGCUGAUACGAAAAUUAUUUAGGAUUUAA